AUGGAGACCGAUUCCGAAGACACCGAACUCAGUAGCAGCGACCAACUAGGGCCCGGAGGCCCUUUGGCUAUCUACUCUGAUUUGCUUCCAAACGGCAAACGAUCUCUCUCAGCUAUUGCUCGUAAUGCCUUCAUCCUAGGUCUCGUCUUUGGCUGCAGCCUCUUAUCGUGCAUCAUUCUUUUCACUCAGUCCCCAUCGAACCGGUUUUGGCGCCCGUUCUUCUUCCUCUCGACACUCUCGAGUUUCCAUUACCUGGAAUUCUGGACGCAUGCCUACGCCAAUGUUCCGAACGCCGAAGUCAGCAGCUUCUUGCUCUUCACCAACGGGAAGGCGUACCAGGCCAGCCAUCUGUCGGCGUUCCUGGAGACGGUCAUUACGGCGUGGUUCUUUCCGGACUGGCAGGACCACUUUUCGAGACCAGCGCUGCAGAUACUUGGUCUUGCUUGCGUGAUAAUUGGCCAGACGGUUCGCAGCGUCGCCAUGGUUCAAGCGGGAACCAAUUUCAACCAUAUUGUCCAGUCCAAAAAGAAAGAAACCCAUAUGUUGGUCACCUACGGCGUUUAUGCAUGGCUUCGACACCCGAGUUACUUCGGAUUCUUUUGGUAUGCGGUGGGUACGCAACUGGUCUUGGGAAACCUGCUCUGCACCAUCGCGUUUUCGGGGGUCUUGUGGGCGUUUUUCAACCACCGGAUCAAGCAAGAGGAGAAAUUCCUGACGAACUUUUUUGGAAAGGACUACACCGCGUACAAAGCCAGCACUCUGGUUGGCAUACCGUUCAUCCGAUGA